CAUCAUCGCUCUGAUCUCUCUUGUCCUCAUCAUCAUCGCUCUGACCUCUCUUGUCCUCAUCAUCAUCGCUCUGAUCUCUCUUGUCUUCAUCAUCAUCGCUCGGACCUCUCUUGUCCUCAUCAUCAUCGCUCUGAUCUCUCUUGUCCUCAUCAUCAUCGCUCUGACCUCUCUUGUCCUCAUCAUCAUCGCUCGGACCUCUCUUGUCUUCAUCAUCAUCGCUCUGAUCUCUCUUGUCCUCAUCAUCAUCGCUCUGACCUCUCUUGUCCUCAUCAUCAUCGCUCGGACCUCUCUUGUCCUCAUCAUCAUCGCUCGGACCUCUCUUGUCCUCAUCAUCAUCGCUCUGACCUCUCUUGUCUUCAUCAUCAUCGCUCUGACCUCUCUUGUCUUCAUCAUCAUCGCUCGGACCUCUCUUGUCUUCAUCAUCAUCGCUCUGACCUCUCUUGUCUUCAUCAUCAUCGCUCUGACCUCUCUUGUCUUCUUCAUCAUCGCUCUGACCUCUCUUGUCUUCAUCAUCAUCGCUCUGAUCUCUCUUGUCUUCAUCAUCAUCGCUCUGACCUCUCAUGUCCUCAUCAUCAUCGCUCGGACCUCUCUUGUCUUCUUCAUCAUCGCUCUGAUCUCUCUUGUCUUCAUCAUCAUCGCUCUGAUCUCUCUUGUCCUCAUCAUCAUCGCUCUGACCUCUCUUGUCCUCAUCAUCAUCGCUCUGACCUCUCUUGUCCUCAUCAUCAUCGCUCUGACCUCUCUUGUCCUCAUCAUCAUCGCUCGGACCUCUCUUGUCUUCUUCAUCAUCGCUCUGAUCUUUCAUGUCUUCAUCAUCAUCGCUCGGACCUCUCUUGUCGCAGACUUGUUCCUGUUCUUCGUCGUGGGCUGCCUCCCUCCCUCAACUCGUCGCAUGCCCUUGUUCCUGGAUACGUGGGCAUCGGGAUCAAAUUCACCCAGAACGAGCAAGGGCAGCACGUCAUCACCUCCCUCCUCCCCGGGGGGCCAGCAGAGAAGACUGGGCAGGUCACGUAG